AUGACUAGACCAGUGCUGGCAGAAAUUGAAAAAUACGGCACCGCCUUUGUGAAAAGGGCGUAUGGUGACUGGACGGGCAUGACCCCGACGGGAUGGAAAUUUCACCUACUCGAGAACUCAAUUCAGCCAAUUCAGCAGUUUGCGUGUACGCAUGGCAAGAAUGCAACAGACUCCGCCAUGGUGAUUGACACCAUGGACCUGCUCUACUCCGGUCGAUUCGACGGCUCCUGCAUCGUGUCGAGUGACAGCGAUUUCACUCGACUGGCCUCGCGGAUCCGCGAGAGUGGCCUACACGCUUGCGACAAAUUCAUCUACGUUGACAACAUUGCACCGAAGGACGGCCCUAUAAGCCAUACUGAUGGGGUUACGAAUCGUCCAGCUUCAGAAGGACAAAGCGAUGUCCCCGAUUAG